GGAGCUACUGCACAAACUAAAAGCUGCAUGUUCAUGGUCAUGAGCAGAGAUCUAACUGCCUUCUGAGACUUUUGAUUGAGAGAUGUCACCAUUGCUGCUGUUUACUGUUCUACAGACUUUGUCUUUGUUUCAAGGAUUCAAUAUUACGAAUGACCUUCAUCAUAAGAAUGUGAAGCCUGAAGAUCACUCAACCAUAGACCUCUCCGUACUAAUUCUGUCCCACGGCUGCUCUGGUGUUCUAAGGACCCAUCGCAAAAACAUCACAGUGGAUGUGACCCUCAACCUGCUGGAUGCUCAGGAGCAGAAAGAUCUUGCAAACCAAAUAUGCAAAAACCUUCAUUGUGGUCGAGAACAUGUUAUGAACAAAACAGUUAGCAGUGGUGUUUGUCUUGCGGAUUGCAUUCUUAAAGAGUCAAAGCUGCACAAUUGCACUACAGCUGCAGAAGAUGACUGCACAAAUGCAAUAGAAGUCAUCUGCGAGCAUCAAGCCGCCCGAUUGGCCGGAGGACAGGAUCGCUGUGUUGGACGGGUGGAGUUGCUGCACAAUGGGCAGUGGGGCACUGUAUGUGAUGAUGAAUUUGACAACCGAAGUGGAGUUGUAGUUUGUGCCCAACUGGGUUGUGGCAGCAUCACAAAAUCAGGCUUAAAUUUUGGAGCUGGGAGAGGGCCCAUCCACAUCAGCAAGAUGAAAUGCAAUGGCACAGAGAGGAACCUAUGGGAGUGCAGUGUGAACAACACCACUCCCACAGACUUCUGUGGACAUAAGGAAGAUAGUGGAAUUGUGUGUUCAGAGAGCACAAUGCCUACACCCACACCCACACCAAGCAACACAACCAAUUUGACAUGGACUGCAGAGUCAAGCACAGUUGCGGCAACAAAAGACAACAGUGGAGUUUCACCAGCAGUUGUUGGCUGCUUCAUCUUAUCUCUUGCUCUGCUGCUCUUUAUUCUGUCAAAUGCUGCUGUCUGUGUGCUUUAUAAAAGAAAGGCAUGUCAAAUUCGGCAACAUCAAAGUGAUUUCCCGGCAGGCACAGAGUACCAGACAAAUGCAUUGACAGGUAUCUACAACCCGAGAAUUAACACAGCUCCUGAAGCAUUUCCAUACGAAAGUCUCGGUUCAAGACAGAACUCAAACUAUGGGCAUGGAUUUGACAGAACAGCCAAUCGAGCUGCACAAGGAUCUUCCUCUGAUUCAGACUAUGAACAUCACAACAUUGAUCGAGCACAACUUUACCCAACAGCACUGAACAUGAAUGACUCAAUCAGUACAUCAUCUGGGGAAGGCUAUCAAAACACACAUAUCAACAUGGACACCAUGCACUUGUCAGUUGAUAAACUCCCAACUCAUCUUGAUAAGUGUCUUUUUGCACCAUUGGCUUUUGGAGACACCGACUUACCUGCCACACCAACUCAAGCAGUCGAUAUAAAUGAUUCAAGCAGUACGUCUUCAGGAGAGUUCUGUGAAAGCACAAAGAGUGACAUGGACAACGUUAUCAAAACAACUGAGGAUGCUUCACUUCAGGAAAAUUCACUAUUUUCAACCAUGUCUUGCAAUAACCAGCACUUACAAGCAAAAAAUAUGAAUGAUUCGGACAGUACGUCUUCUGGAGAGGUCUAUCAAAACACAGAGUUGGACAAUGAUCUCAUAUCUGAAGAUGAGGAAAGCCCAUCACUUCCUCAGCAGUCACUCCAGACACCUCACGAUGCUCAGAUGACAGGAAACACUGUUGUUUACAGCGGCUUCCACACACAAGCGGCAGAUGGGAAUGAUUCAGACAGCACAUCUUCAGGAGAGUGCUAUCAAAACAUAGAGUUUGAAGGUAAGGAAAGCCCAUCACCUGAAGCAUUUGUAGAUUACAACAGCUCGCAGAUGACAGGAAGUGCUGUCGGUAACCAAGGCCCUCAUAUACCUAGACAACUCAGUCAAGAAACAGAUAAUGCCAGCACGUCAUCUGACAAUUCGUAUGUGAAUGUUCCAGCAAGAAAUCAGAAUGAUGAUGGAUUUUCUCCAGCAAGAGAAAAAGAAGUUCAGUCCUCUUCAGACAAUGACUAUGAUGAGCCUGAAAACUGGUGAAAACA